UUCCUCCUCAAGAAUGUCUCUCAGUGUUGAGUUGUUCACCAUUCUUGUGGUGGGAGCCUUGGCCCGCCCCGAUGCUCCUCUGAAUUACCAACCGACAUUUAAUGGUCCUUCCCAUGAAGCUCCAACACCAGGACCAGCAUACGGUCCCCCAACACCAGGACCAGCAUACGGUCCCCCAACACCAGGACCAGCAUACGGUCCCCCAACACCAGGACCAGCAUACGGUCCCCCAACACCAGGACCAGCAUACGGUCCCCCAACACCAGGACCAACUUAUCGACCACCAACACCCGCCCCCAUAUACGGCGUUCCCACUUCUGAGGCUCCUGCUCAUUACAACUUCACAUGGCAAGUAAAGGACGACGCCUCUGCCAACGACUACGGUCACCAGGAGACUCGUGAUGGUGCCAACACCCAGGGCUCCUACUAUGUGCUGCUUCCCGACGGUCGUCUGGAGAGGGUGAACUACACAGUCAAUGGUGACUCCGGGUACGUGGCCCAGGUGACCUACGAAAGUCACACCACAUCCCAGUCCUACUAUACACCAGCUCCUGCCUACGAAGGUUACACUACGCCCCAGAACUACUAUACACCAGUUCCUGCCUACGAGCAUCAGUCCAGUUCUUCCUUCUUCAGAAUGUUUAUCAAGGUACAGAAAGCCUCUCUAGUUGAGGUUGUAUUCUCCGCUGUUCUUGUGGCGAGAGCCAUGGCCCUCCCGGACGCUCCCCUAAGUUACCAACCCCAGUCUAGUGGCCGUUCACAUGGCCACCCAACACCAGGACAAACAUACGGCCCCCCAACACCAGGACCAACAUACGGCCCCCCAACACCAGGACCAACGUACGGACCCCCAACACCAAGACCAUCUUACGGACCCCCAACACCUGGACCAACAUACAGACCCCCAACACCAAGACCAUCAUACGGACCCCCAGUACCAGGACCAACAUACGGUGUCCCCAUCUCUGAGGCUCCUGCUCAUUACAACUUCACUUGGCAAGUAAAGGACGACGCCUCUGGUAACGACUACGGUCACCAGGAGACUCGUGAUGGUGCCAACACCCAGGGCUCCUACUAUGUGCUGCUUCCCGACGGUCGUCUGGAGAGGGUGAACUACACUGUCAACGGUGACUCCGGCUACGUGGCCCAGGUAAUUUCUCGAGGGUGUGGCCACACGUAUAAAAGAACCUCUGAUGACUCUCUUCAUCACCAGUUGCACCUCAACAUCCCAGGAAACAACAUGAUUGCCAAGGUUUUCGUUUUGGCCACUCUAGUGGCUGCCACCUUCGCUGAAUCUGUCCCAGCAUACCCGGUCCACCCUAAACCAUCCUACAGUCCUCCUGCAUACCCAAAACCAUCCUACCCUGCUCCAUCUUAUCCUGAUACUCCUCCCCAGUACAACUCACAGUACGCUGUGAGGGACGACUACUCCGGCAACGACUUUGGUCAUGAUGAAUCUCGUGACGGCUAUGACACCAAGGGCACUUAUUACGUCCAGCUUCCCGACGGUCGUCUGCAGAAGGUGACUUACUACGUCAACGGCGACUCCGGCUACGUAGCAGAAGUAACCUAUGAGGGUGAGGCCCAGUACCCAGCCUAUCAGCCUGCUCCGGCCUACAAGCCUGCUCCAGCCUACAAACCCACUCCAGCCUACGAGCCUGCCCCUGCCUACGAGCCUGCUCCUACCUAUGAGCCUGCCCCAGUCUACAAGCCUACACCAGUCUACAAGCCAACCCCAGUUUACAAGCCCGCCCCAGCCUACAAGCCCGCCCCAGCCUACAAGCCCGUCCCAGCUUAUGAAUAGAAUACCACAGCCAAGCCUUGACUAUGUAAAAUCCCUAUUUAUUA